GCCCAGGGUGAGCACUGGCAAGGAGAAGAUGGCAGCACAAGACGUUCAGUCGUGACAGUGACAGGAAGCGUGCUAGGUGGUCAGAAAGGAGAAGCCACAUUAGGGUGAAGAAGUCCAGGAAAGCUUCAUGGAGGUGAUCAAAUUAGAGCUGAGCUUCAGAGACCCGGGUGGACUUUGGAUAACCAUGUGGGUAUAGGAUGUGUGAGCAAAGGCAAAAACCUAGAAAGAAUAAGGGCUCACUGAGGACCGUGCUGUAGACCAGUCUGUCAUGAGUGGGGGGCCCCAGAAGCAGGUGGGGCCCAGGCCAGAGAGGGCCAAAGGCUUCUGUUUCUGCGGGUUGCCCCAGGCCUGUGUCAUGUUUAAGAUUCCGGAUUUCUGAAAAUGGAGGUCCUGGGGCUCCUUUUAAGCAUGUUUGUUUAUACUGCCCGAGCGCCCCUGAAAAUGGGUCCAUUGUCAUCUUCUGUGUCUAUAAAGAAGCUGCAUGGCCUGUUCUGUGUCAGUUUAACAAUUGUUCUUGUGUUCAGGGUCUCAACUCUGAAAACGGAGUUCCUGCCCCUGCUGAGUGUGUCGUUUGUCUCGGAGAACAGCGUGGUAGCUGCUGGCCAUGACUGCUGCCCGAUGCUCUUUAACUACGAUGACCGUGGCUGCUUGACCUUCGUCUCCAAACUAGACAUUCCAAAACAGAGCAUCCAGCGCAACAUGUCUGCCAUGGAGCGCUUCCGCAACAUGGACAAGAGAGCCACGACUGAGGACCGCAACACGGCCUUGGAGACGCUGCACCAGAAUAGCAUCACGUAGGUACCAUCCAGCCACCUGCGUGU